AUCAAAUUGAUCACCAGCAAAUUCUUCCCCUUACCAUGCAAGAACAAAUCAAAUAUUUUAAAAGUCUUAGAUCUGUUCGUGAACGUUCAAAUAAAGUUUAUGAAAAAGCAAAAACAAAUUCUCUCAACCAUUUUCAAGUAGAUUUUUCGAAACUUCAGGAUGUAGUCACCAAAGUAAUCGCAUUAAUUAAACGCGAUUAUAAACAAAUUAACGAUAUCCCGCCACAUGGUCGUUGGCGUCACUUUGACGUUGGAGGACAUACUCGUGUUCAAACUCUUAUAAAUAAGUGGAAAUCUAAUUGUGAUGAGCUGGAAAUAACACGUAGACUUUUGGAUUUGUUCGUAAUUUCGGUUUUAUUAGAUGCUGGCGCUGGAAAUGCUUGGUCUUAUAAAGAACAAGAAACUGGGUACAUUUGUAAUCGAUCCGAAGGACUAGCAAUAGCAUCCUUAGAUAUGUUUAAGUCUGGGAUUUUUUCAACUUUAGAUACUCAGCCGCAUCAAGUUAAUGCGGAUAAACUUGAAAAAAUUACUGUGGAGGAUGUUCGCUUGGCAUUUCAAGUUAAUGAGAAUAAUCCUUUAGAAGGACUUGAAGGUCGUGCUAAUUUGCUUAGUCGUUUGGGUCAUGCUUUGAAAAUUCACUCUAAAUAUUUCAAAAGCAAUGAUAAUUCUGUGAAUUAUCUAUUGUCAAAUUCUACUAUCAAUGAAACUGGAACUUCUGUAGAAAUCGAUACAUUAUGGUCAGUUGUAGUUUAUGGAUUUUCAGAAAUUUGGCCGCCAACAAGAACUUCUCUAGAAGGCAUAUCAUUAGGAGAUGUUUGGCCAUGCGAAGUACUCAAAUCAUCAAACGCUAGUCCUAAUUCUACAGAUCAUUUAGUAGCAUUUCAUAAACUUUCUCAAUGGCUUACAUAUUCUCUCAUUGAGCCAAUGAUAAAAAUAUUGGGAAUUACUUUUAAAGGACUUGAACAAAUGACUGGAUUACCAGAGUAUAGAAAUGGUGGUUUAUUUGUAGAUACUGGUGUACUAACUCUGAAGCAAUUGGAUGUUGAACGUGGUAUAAAAUAUUAUAAACAAAACUCAUUGACAUCUGGUAUUCAAUCCGAAGCGGAAAUCGUACCAAUGUUUGAAGCUGAUGACUCGGUAGUAGUUGAAUGGCGUGCUAUGACGGUUAUUUUGUUAGAUAAGGUUGCGGAGGAGGUAAGAAAUAAGCUCGGAUUAUCAAAAGAACAACUUUCUUUGGCUCAGGUUCUUGAAGCUGGAACUUGGAAGGCUGGACGUGAAAUUGCAGCAUCUUUGCGCCCUAUCACUCGUGGACCACCAAUCGCUAUUAAAUCUGAUGGAACA